CAUGUACAUAUGGACACGGGAAUGAACCAAGAAGAACCAACUACAAGGGCAUUCCACAUAAUUUAUAAUUCCUCCUAGAGGAAAUAAGGAAUCAUCAAAAAAUGGAAGAAGAAAAUGAAGUCGUUAAUCAAGAUAUAAAAAAAGAGGAUAAUAGUGAGAAAGAUUCUAAAAGCAAAAGUUCGAAAAAACGUAAUCGUAAAAAGAAAAAUCAAGUUGUCGAUGCUAGUAGUGCCAGUGAAAAUCAAACUGAUGUCGUUGUUAAAAAUGGCGAAACUCCAAGUACUUGUAACAUUCCACUGAAGGAAAUUCAAUUGGCCUUGGAGGCAUUUGAACUUCAAUAUAAACCAGCAAAAACUCAAGAAGAAGCUUUGCAUAAAUCAUAUCAAUUUUGGAGCACUCAACCAGUUCCAAAAAUGGAUGAAAAAAUUGUUGUUAAUGAACCAAUUGAACCAAAUAAAACAUCAGUAAGACAAGAGCCUUACUCAUUACCUGUUGAUUUUCAAUGGGACACAUUGAAUCUUGAAGAUCCAUUGAUUCUUGCUGAACUUUAUGCAUUGCUCUCGGAAAAUUAUGUUGAAGAUGACGAUGCAAUGUUUAGAUUUGAUUAUCCACAAGAUUUUCUUAAAUGGAAUUUACAACCACCAGGUUGGUGUAAAGAGUGGCACUGUGGUGUUCGUGUAUCAAAAAGUGGUAAACUAGUCGGUUUUAUAUCAGCAAUACCAGCAACUCUACGAGUUUAUAAUCACUCACAAAAAAUGGUUGAAAUUAAUUUUCUUUGUGUACACAAAAAAUUACGAUCAAAACGUGUUGCACCAGUUUUAAUACGUGAAAUAACAAGAAGAGUAAAUUUAAAAGGUAUUUUUCAAGCUGUUUAUACGGCUGGUGUUGUUUUACCAAAACCAGUAUCAACUUGUCGUUAUUGGCAUCGUUCAUUAAAUCCAAAAAAAUUAAUUGAAAUUAAAUUUUCACAUCUUUCACGUAAUAUGACAAUGCAAAGAACUCUUAAAUUUUACAAGUUACCAGAAAAUACAAAAGUUCCUGGUUACAGAAAAUUAAAAGAAAGUGAUGUGCCACAAGCACAAAAAUUACUCAACAAGUAUCUCGAGAAGUUUGAUUUAUCACCAGUCUUUACUGAAGAUGAAUUUCGACACUGGUUUUUCCCUCAUGAUGGUAUUAUUAAUAGUUUUGUCGUUGAAAAUAAUGGAAUAAUUACUGAUCUUGUUAGUUAUUAUACUCUACCAAGUUCUGUCAUGCAUCAUCAGACACAUAAAACUUUACGUGCAGCAUAUAGCUUCUACAAUGUUUCAACAAAAACACCUUGGAUUGAUCUGAUGACUGAUGCUCUUAUUUCAGCAAAAAAUCUUGGCUUUGACGUUUUCAAUGCUCUUGAUCUAAUGGAAAACAAAGAAUUCCUGGAAACCUUGAAGUUUGGUAUUGGUGAUGGAAAUCUUCAAUACUAUCUUUUCAACUGGCGUUGCCCAAGUAUGACACCAGACAGAAUUGGUCUUGUAUUGCAAUAAAACAAAAAAAGAACAAACAUUUAAAUUCAAUUUGUUACAAAUAUCUUUUUUUUUUUUUUCUUUUUCCAAUUAAUACGGAUAUAAAUAAUUGAUGUGUUGAACUUUUUUGAGAGUGUUACACAAAAACAAAUAUGGAAUGAAAAUACAAUACGUAAAUGAAUCAAUUAAUAAUUGUAAAUUUAGUGAUCAAUGUAACAAACUCAUUUUGAGAAAAUAAUUUUUUCUAGUUUUGUGCUUUCUUCAGUGAUUUUUUCAAGUAUGUGAAUUACACAAUGGAAAUGUAUCAAUUAUUUUCGCCACAGUGUUGUAUAAAUAAAAUUACCUUGUUAAGACAUGUUUUCAACUCA